CACACACACGUGGGGACGAAGUUAGAAAUGGGGAAGACGAAGAAACUAGACGAGUCAACAGCCGAGGACGGCACAGACGACAAAACCGUCUACCAAGAAAAGAUAAAGUUCCUGAGUCCGAUAUCACAGCCGCUGGCAUCCAGAAAACUAACGAAAAAACUAUACAAAGUCAUCAAGAAAGCCAAUAAACAGAAACAGCUGCGAAAAGGAGUUCGGGAAAUCCAGAAGUUCAUUCGGAAAGGAGAGAAUGGACUUGUGAUCUUGGCUGGGGACACAAACCCCAUUGAGGUGAUCUGCCACAUGCCCCUGGUCUGCGAGGAAAAAGGGAUGCCCUAUUGUUACACCCCCUCAAAAGAGGACCUGGGUGCGGCCCUGGGGUCCGUGCGCCCCACCUGUAUGGUGAUGGUCAAGCCGCACGAUGACUACCGGGAACUCUACGACGAAUGUUCUGCCGCCCUCUCAGAACUUCCACUUCCUGUCUGAGCUCCGGGGGACCUUCUUCACAGAGAAGGGGCUGUCUUAUCUUGACAAACACUUCAGACAAAAGUCUCAGAAACUGUCACCGUAACCUUUUUUGUCUUUUUUGACAGUGGAACCAAACGAAAUGGAUCAUUCCGUGCCAUCCUAUAAGAAGUGAAAUGCUACAGCUCAGUCUGAAGUGUUGUUCUGAACUGUUUCAUCUGAGCGCCAUCUGUCUAGAACACUAAGACUGAGAUAAGACUCACUCUGUACUGAGGGCCAGCUAUUAUGGCUCGUACAGAUGGUUACAUGCAGGGCACAGCCAGACUUGAGAACCAGGCCCCAGGAUCACAAAGUGAUCUUAGACUUAAGGCAAAAUUUCAAGUAACUGUAACAUUGUUACAAGGUGAAAAUUUUGUUGGAAACGUAAACUGUGGGUAAGUUAUUGUACAACAAUUGAAGGUUUGCCUUAUGUGUAAGAUCGAUAUGUUUGUUAAUAGCCAGUGAUCUAUCAUUUGUUUCAUUCAGAGCCCAGAAAGUUCAAGCAUCUUCAAAUAA